UCCGACGCCGUCUGAUCCCCACCUCCCCUCUUCCCUCUCCUCAAACACCAGCGCUCGAUUCGGCUCGCCUCGAACUCCACUCGCGGGCUCCCCCCCCUUGCAAAGCCCUCUGAAAAUUCUCUAAACCCCGCCGCUCUAGGCAGCCACCACAGCCGCCACCCAUGGCCGGCGGCGGCAGCGGCAGCGGCGAGGCUUCGGCGGCGGGAGGCGGGAAGGUGGCGUGCGCGGCGUGGAUCCGGCGCCGGGAGGAGAAGGCGGCGGCGGCGGUGGCGCGGGUGUUCGCGGCGUACGGCCGGGCGGGGGCGGCCGGCUCCCCGCCCGCGCUCGAGGUGCUCGGCUUCGACGCCAAGGAGUGCUCCCUCUCCCCCGAGCCCCUGGCGAGGGCCGUGCUCGGGGAGGGCGGCGCGGGCGACGCGCCGCGCAGCAUCGCGGUGCACCCCGCCGGCGACGAGCUUGUCUGCGCCACCGCCACGGGCUGCAGGUUAUUCAAACUGAUAUUUGAAGAGUUCACAGUACGCAUCAUUCCAAGAGAUGCUCCUCCACUAGAAUCUGCUGGACCUCAAAAGUGUCUUGCUUUCAGCACAGAUGGUGCCAAAUUUGCCAUUGGUGGAGAGGAUGGGCAUCUCAGAAUAUUCCAUUGGCCAAGCAUGAAUGUGCUUUUGGACGAACCCAAAGCUCAUAAAUCCUUCCGAGACAUGGAUAUCAGCUUAGACUCAGAGUUCUUAGUUUCAACAUCCACUGAUGGAUCUGCAAGAAUAUGGAAGAUAGAUGAGGGUGCACCACUGGUCAAUUUGACUCGAUCCUCGGAUGAGAAGAUUGAGUGUUGCCGCUUUUCUAGGGAUGGAAUGAAACCAUUCCUGUUUUGCACUGUUGCAAAAGGUUCCAAAGUUGUUACUGCUGUAUGGAACAUAAGCGAUUGGAAGAGAAUUGGGUACAAAAGACUUCUGGGAAAGCCUAUCUCCACACUUUCAGUUAGCUUGGAUGGGAAGUAUCUGGCAUUAGGAAGCCAUGAUGGUGACUUCUGUGCUGUUGAUGUAAAGAAAAUGGAAGUUUCUCACUGGAGCAAGAAAGUUCAUCUUGGUUCCCCAGUCACCUCCAUUGGAUUUUGUCCUACUGAAAGGGUUAUAAUCUCCACAUCACAUCAAUGGGGAGCAGAGUUGACAAAACUGAAUGUGCCGGCUGACUGGAAAGAAUGGCAGGUCUGGCUCGUACUCCUGGCGCUCUUCCUAGCGUCCGCCAUCCUGUUCUAUGUGUUCUAUGAGCGCUCGGACACAUUCUGGAACUUCCCCAUGGGGCGACACCAGCCAGCGAAGCCAUGGAACAUGCUCAAGGAGUCUCCUCCGGUCCCCGAGGACCAGAAUCCAUGGUGAUGUUAUGCUUCAUUGCGUCAUUCGUGAAGAGUGAUACUAUCCCAAUUCCCAAAGCCACAACCUAAAAAAAGGAAAAAGAAAAAGAAGCCGCCCCCGCGGGCUGUUUAUCCCAUUACAAAUCGCCCAUGCUUGUUCUGCCACUUGGGUUAUUCACUGAUCUGUGAUCUGACCAGUGACCACGCAAGUUUGUAACUCUGGACUGCGAUAACCGAGAACCAAGUAAUACUAAUUGAACAUUCCGUCUUCAUGCGAGGGUCUGAGUGUAUCUAGGUAUUACCAAGCAGGCCAGAGUGUCGUUAUUGUUUUGUUUUCUGUUGUUUGCUUGAACUUAUCUGUCGAAUCUACCAGCCAUUUAACAAUGUUUUUCUAUCACAAUAAAUCAGCGAACAGUACUUUCAGUCAUGGCUUAUCAAAGUACUGGCUUAUCA